AUGGCUCAGCGGAUUUUUCAGUCGUUUCGUCGACUUCCCGCUCAGUUAACGUCUAUGCGCAAAAAGCAUGAUAAUAUUGAAGUUGUCGGAAGCCAUUAUAAAAUUAAUGUGAGACGGCCUAAUCUACGUGUAUCCUUUUUGCAUGCAAUAUAUUUCUUUUCAUAUUUUACACUUUCCUAUUAUGGAAAACCUGGUGUCGUGUAUUCUGGAUCACACAAGGACUCUUCAGAAAUUAUCAAGGUGGUCUUCCUAACCGGAACCGGGAAGCUUUUGACGCUAAGCGAUACCGACGAUAUUUAUAUGUGGGAGAUAGACUCCUCAAACGGUGUGCAUCCUUGCUUGCGAAACAUUGGCUCUCUCAUCGGCGUUUCCAGUGCUUUGGAGCCGAAGCAUCUUGGUGUGGAACAGCCUUCAUCCACCGACGAUGACCCUGAGAGUGUCAGUCACGUCACCGCGCUCAUUGUUGCAGCCUCGGGAACCGUAAUUUUCGUUGGAACUGACCAAGGCAGCGUGGCUUCUAUUCGCCGCAACAUGCAAGUUAAACGUGGUGUUGCCCAAGAUGAAGGUACCAUGUGGAUAUUGCCGACCCAAGAUGAAGUCAUUACACCUCAACGCGUUCUCCAAAGCAUUCCACCGGAGAAACGCGGGCGACUUCGACUGGACGCCGUUGUCGUCCUCUCCGAGCGACCAGGCUACCCCGGCCACCUCCUCAUUGGCUACAGCUCGGGCCUGUGUGUGCUCUUCGACCUCCACGCCGACCGAGUGCUCUGCCUGCUGCCGUGCCAGUACGAGCUGGAGGCGGUGGCGUGGUGCGGCGGCUCGGGCCGGCCAAUCCGUGGGGCGUCCGCCAACCCCACUGCCACGCCGCCCCACCUCGGCACGCGCCUCCUCACUGCCUACGCCAACGGCUCUCUCGGCGUGUGGCAGGUGCCUCUGUUCACCGCCGCCGCCGCCGCCUCUGGUCCGCCCACCGACCCUUCCAUGCAGACCCUCCACAUGAUGGAGUCGCCCAGCAUGCCCUACGGUCCGUUUCCAUGCAAGCUGAUUGACAAGGUGUUUUGGCUGCCGUCGCACAAGGGUGGAAUAACCGUGUUCUCGGGUGGAAUGCCACGUUCCACCUACGGCAAUCGCCACACCGUCAGCAUCCUUCGUGGUUCCAACUUGGACCAAGCAGCGGCGGCCAAUCUGGCUGCAGCACUGCGCGCCGACGCUGGCGGCGAAGACAGCCUGCUAGACGACGACGAGGAGGAGCUUGACGGUGAGGGAGAGGAGUUCGACGACGGCGACCAGACGGGUCUGCUUGCCAGCGGUCUGGUUCCCGGGGCUCCAGUGCACGUCUUCGACUCGGACGCUCCUGAGCACGUCUGCCUGGACCUAUCCUCGCCCCUGGUGGAUGUCUGCCCCGUGGGACCGGCCGGAGGUCCCGCCGCGGGCCUGUUAAUCCUCUGCGAGGAGGAGAUGGUUGCGGUGGAUCUCCUCACCCCCGGCUGGCCUCUCUUCUCCCUGCCCUACCUCUCCUGUCUACACACCGCCUCGCUAACAGCCUACGGCCUCUUCACCCAGGUGAAUCCCGCCUUCCUCGCGCGCCUCGAAGCGGUCUCGUCGACGUGCGACCGGGGCGAUGCCUUCGGCUUGGCCGCGUCACCUGGGGAGGCCGGUAAUGCCUCCGCCAAGCCCCGCCUAUCUUCCCGCCCCUGGCCCAUCCAGGGGGGACAGUGUGUGCCGGCGGCGGGCACGGGCAGUCCCGUGCGCAGCGCCUCCUUCGAUCCGGCGCGCAGUCUCGUCACUUCAAACGACCUCCUCAUAACCGGCCACGAGAACGGCGCUGUGGCGUUCUGGCGUCUCGGCCCUGGUGGUUGCUCGCGCAACGUCUUCACCCUGUACACCGGGUCGCUGUUCGAGGGUGACUUCGGCCCAGACGUUUCUGGGGUAAGGGUUCGCCAAUUUGUGCACGCCAACACGCUUGAAGCAUCGAUUUCUUGGGAUCCCACGAGGGCGACAGAGGAGGAGGCUGAUCCCUGGCCGCCGUUUCGACGUGCGAGUCUCUUCGACCCCUUCAUGGACGACGUCAGAGCGGCCAUUAAGGCGAUCCGUCUCGUCGACAACACUCUGGUCUUGGGCGGGGCUGCUGGCCAGGUAGGGUUCGUUUCUUCAUUGUCACCGUCACCUUCAACCGCACAAUCCAACUCACUCGGGCUGGCGCUCUCCCAGCCACCUUCCCCCGUCACCUCCAUCGCCGUGUGCGAGCUGCGCGACACGCUGGACAAGUCGGCGCUGAACCAGCCAAUCGGCGUGCUAGUUGCCGUGGGCAGCCCCCACGGUUUCGCGGUGCUGCACUUGUCGACACCCACCGGCACCGCGGCACGAUCGAUGGAGGCGGGUGGGGGAGGCGGGGGAGGAGAAGGCGUCGGCUGCCACCUCCUCCUCCACCACUCCACCAUCCCCGCCAACAGCGAGGCGCUGGAGGAGGCGGCUGUUGGCGAGGGCUGGGCCAGACGACGGACUAGGGAGUUGAAGAACUCCUUGAGGGACUCGUUUCGGCGUCUCAAGCGCAUGAAGUCGACUAGAUCGUCGAUGUCGACUGCCUCGACACCUGCGACUGCUGCCUCGCCGCCAGCGCAGUCGCACUCACCCGUUGUGCGUCUAAAUUACUCAGCCAGAGUGGGCUUGCGGAGGAGCGUCACACAG